AUGGAUAUAUUUUAUGGGAACAGCAGUAUGGUAGACGUUAUGUCCCAAGGUUUUAAUGGCCUUAAGGACAGAACUGUUGCAAAUGUUAUGCGACAAGAUGUAACAGAAUCAGAAAAAAUUGAGUAUAGACCAGAUAAAUAUAUUAAGAACGGUCUGUUGGAUGUUAUGUUUGGCAACAAGACAUUAAUAAAUAUUAUAUCUAGAGAUUUAACCACACUUCUGAAGAAGGCCACCAUGAAACGUUCAAUAAGAGAGGAAAGUGAUUUCAUUGAUUUAAUGAAUGGAACAGUUCUAAUCCCUAACAACAAUAGCUUAGUAAAAAUGAUUUCCAAAGGCUACGAGUACGACAAAGAAAGAGGCAUGCAAAUGCUUAAAGAAUUUCAUAAUAAUUCUGGAACUUUCGACUAUCACCAAACAAAAUUCGAUUACCAUUACCACUCCGAAGUGGACAACGAUCCUUAUUUCGCAAAUGUGUAAAAGAGAAACAAGUUGGACAACCUUUUUAUGGCUGAUUUCAAUUCAUGAGGUUAAUAAACAUUGGGCUUGAAUAAUAUAGAAAUAAAGCAAAGCGGUCG